AUGGCCAAUUUUGGGAGUGUCCGUUAUCGUGAUAUUCUUGGUGUGGACGAUAAUAAUAUCAACGUCCGUAGACGAGAACUUGCUAAUUCAGGAAAAGGUAUAGAAAUCGGUGUGGAGGAUGGCGUUGACGUGUUCGCCGCUGGACUGGAUGCUUGGGUCUUUGGUGUUGUUGCUUGGGUCUUUGGUGUUGUUGCUUGGGUCAUUGGUGUCGUUGCUUGGGUCUUUGGUGUUGUUGCUUGGGUCUUUGGUGUUGUCGCUUGCGCUGUUGGCAAUUGGGCUGAUGGCGUUGCUGUUUUUGUAGGCGUGCUUGCGGUGGUAGGAGGCAAGCUUGUCGAUGUUGUUACUCUACUACUAGUAGGCAAUUUUGCAGAAGUCGGUGUACUACCAGUCGCUGAAGUAGGUUUAGUCGCCGUGGUUACAUGGGCCGAUGAUGAUGAUGAUGCUGUCGUCUGA